AGUGCUCGGGUCAUGUUGUGUCACUUGAAGUUUUAUUUUCGAGUAUUCCGUCUUCUCAGAGUUCAAAUUUACCUGGAAAUACACAACAGUUCCCUCUUUCGGUCUGGUAAGAUGGCCGCAAAAUGUAUCGAAAGUCCUAUCGAUACCCAGCGGACGGCGAGGAACGAUUGUGUGACACGAGAGUGUUCGCAAGGAUUUGCAAUAAUCUUAAUCAUCGGGAUAAUCCAGCAACGGGGAAAAAUCGUCGCUUAUUGAAUACUCACAAUGAAAAAACGCCCUCGAAAGCUAUGCGUACUGAUUCUGUUAUGAAACAACUUUGUCACGCCUGGAAUACCGCCUGAGCUCGCGUGGACCGCACAUUCCCUAUCCUAGUUACAAGACACAUGUGCUCCCCCGGCAAUCACACGGACAGCUCCAUACGGUGCUGCCAGAAUGAUGCGCGACGGCGAACGACCGAAGGAAUAAGCCCGCCAUUGUUUCUACUGUCAGUGAAUCAGCUGUUUGGUGUUUUCGGCACGUGUGGGAGAAAUCAGCUGUUGCAUUAAUCAUGGAAGACCUUACGGAGGCUGAUUUAACUCCGGCACCGAAAAAAUACGAAUAUUUAGAUCACACCGCGGACGUACAAUUGCACGCAUGGGGCGAUACGAUGGAGGAGGCUUUCGAGCAAUGUGCAAUGGCGAUGUUCGGCUACAUGACGGAAUUGGACAAGGUUGAAAUGACGCAAGUGCACGAAAUCGAAGCGGAAGCGGAGGACUUGCCGGGCUUGUUGUUUCACUUUUUGGACGAGCUGUUGUUUAUGUUUUCCGCUGAGCCUUAUCUCGUCGCGCGUAAAGUUGUAAUCAAGGAAUUCGAUCGUGACAAUUUCAAGAUCAAGGCAAUAGCGAUCGGUGAGGAAUUCAGAAUAGGCAAACAUCCGCAGGGUGCUGAAGUCAAAGCUAUCACGUAUUCGGCAAUGCAAAUACACGAUCGACCGGAGCUCGAGCGUCCCGAAGUUUUUGUAAUCGUGGAUAUAUGAACACCGACGAAUCUCCAACGACUAAUCCACCGACAAUUGGGUCCCUCACCCCAAAUACGUUCUCUUCGUUUUCUCCUCUUCAAAGGCCUUAUUUUCUCCAAGGAGGGGAUGCAUUUUUCGUCUCUAUUCGUCCAGUGAGGGCGAGAGGGACAACUUUUCAGAGUCGAGCGAGUCUUAAGAAGGGAGAGAGACCCAAGCGACCGCCCCUAUCCCCAUUUUCUAGAAACGCAUCAGCUUUUCUCUCUCUCUCUCUCUCUCUCUCCUUUUUGUAUAAACUCAUGCAGGGUUCAAAUAAAUACGUUACGAAAGAAA